GCUCGCUGCCUAUAAGAAGAGUGUGUGAGGGAGCUUUGAAAUCCAGCAAUUGGAGCACUGUAGAAGUUUUUGUGUGUUGCUGGACUCUAUAGACAACUUUAAUUAGAGAAGUUUGACUUGGCCUGCUAGGCAAUGAUUCUCUAAAAGAAGAAGUCAUUUUCUUUCCUUUUUUUGCCCAGUGCCACAGAGAUAUUCUGGGAAUUGUUUUUUGAGCAGCUGGAUCUCUUCACUGGGCAGGUAAAUCUGAGAAUACUGACCUCAUACUGAAAAUAUUGCACCAAAACUAGAGGCUGAUUCUUCAGCCUCUGCAGCAGUUAUUCUUACGUUGGCUAUACGAGCAGCUGUAGAGAUCAUUUUAAAACAGCUCAGUAUUUUAAAACCCAGAUAAAACCCAGUCUGGCUGGACAUUGGGUCGAAAUAAAGUACACCAUUAAAUGGUAUUUAAAACAAGUUUUUUGUGAUCACAUCACAUAGCCAAAGUGUGUUUUAUACUGCAAAUGAGCUGUAUUCAAAAAUCUUGCAUGAACAGAAGCCCCUACAGUUAGAAUAAAUUCAACCCUGUGAAUAGUGUCAGUCUCUGGAGAGGCCGUUUAAGUCUGUGUAUUUUGGGUGAAAGUGAAGAGAUGGCUGCAUAUGAAAUGGAGAAGACAAUCUAUCCGCAAAUGAUUUCACAUGCAAUAGAGAAUGGACAAACUAAUGGAAGCAUCAAAGGUUUGCAUCAUGAUGUCAGAGUCAGACACAGAGCAACAUUUUAUGUAACAACUUUAAGUGUGAUACUUAAUGUCAUUCUGCUCAGUAUCACCAUUAUAUCAGUAAGAGAUCGCCGGAAAUCACCAGAACUAUGCCCAGCUGCUCCUACUUCAGCAGAACUUUCCUACGCCAUCUUUCCAACACUCCUUAGGUCUCCAGUAGCCUGCUGUCCAAAUGGCUGGAUUGGAUACCAAGGAAAGUGCUACUAUUUUUCAGUGACAGAAGGAGACUGGAUGGCUAGCAAGACAAACUGUUCUUCUUUUAAUGCCUCUCUGUCUGUGAUUGACUCCCAAGAAGAGAUGGACUUCAUGAGACGCUACAAAGGUGUUGCUGACCACUGGGUGGGUCUCCAAAGAGAUCUAGAAGGAGAACCCUGGAAAUGGAUCAAUGGUACCUCUUUUAAUAAUUGGUUUGAAAUCCGAGGAGGAGGAGAAUGUGCUUACAUGAACCAUAAAACUAUAGCAAGUUCCAGCUGCACAAGAGAAGAACCCUGGAUCUGCAGCAAACUAGCUGGGAGCUGAUAAAGGGCAUCAGAUUCAUACUGCAUGAGCGUCUAAACUCUGCAGUACACAGUGACAAUAGAGAUGAAAUGGGCGACCAGCAGAGCCUUCCACUGAUGCAGAUGCAGCAGUUAGAAGAUGCAAGGAGAGCAUGCCUGGAACUCUGUUUUUCCAGGAUUGUGGACUUUGAAGAAGAGUGAAGGUGGAUGUUCCCGAGGGGAAUCAGUGGUGCCAUGGCUGAUCAGCAAUUGGGCCCAAACACAGAAGACACUGAUCCUGCAGGAAACUGGGUUGGUGGGGCAGGGCAGAUCUGGUGAGGAGCUGGGCAGGCAGGGUUAGGAAAGCACCAAGGGUUUUUUGAAGUUCUUGCAAAAGCUUGAAUUUGUGUGGAGCAGGAGCUCACCCUCUCAGAGGUUUGUCAGGUUUGUAGCCGAACAUUUAAAAAGGCAGCCAGUGAUGAGGAGUGGAGGGCAGGCAAGCCCAAGGACCACCCUUUCAGAUCCAGCUCCAGCUUGAAAAGCCCAGGAGAGGCUAAAGGCAGUGGGUGCCAGAAGAUAGGGACCAGAGGUGCCAGAGAGAACCUCCAUUCUCUUACAUCCUUUUUAUUCCAAGACAUUUUAAUAGUGUGAUGUGGUUGUGAUAUAUUAUUUGAAUUAUUCUUCCUGAAUCCCCCCUGCCCCGCAACUUCAGACAAAGAAUUGUCAUACCUGAAAUGUGUUAGGCAUAACAACAACAACAACAAUAAUCAAUGGGACAUAUUUUGUAAACAGUAUGACUUGCUUUGGCAGCUUUUAGGUUUGCUUCCUCGCUUUUUGUUAUUAUUAGCAUAUUUAAUCCUUGUCACAGUGAUGUCCCUCCAUGUCCCCUUUACUUUCUCCCAUAAAAUUGAAUGUGUUUCAUUGA